AUACGGCGUAAGUUUCGACACACACACGCGUACACAUACACGUACGACGAACAGACAAGCAAGCAUCAGUCAAAAUGGAUGCCGGUCGACACGGUGCCGUGUCUCGUAGGCCGUGAUCCGAUCUACUACACCGUGUUCUUCAAUGAAAACAGACGCGAUACCGAUACAACGGCGUGUACCCGUGUAAAGUUCGUUAGUUAUCGCAUCUCUGGAUACUCUCCGUGUGCGCGUACAUGACAAGCGGGGUCGUGGCGUUCACGUUCACGUUAACAGCGGCGACACGGCUGUGAAACGACGACGCCAGCAUGAAUCUACCGACGAUCUUCAAGACGCGGGGGUCAUUCGAGGUUACCGAAUGUCACCCGACCUACAAGGUGCUGUAUCUCGGCAACGUGCAGACGGUGAUGGCCAAGGGCGACAACUGCACCGACAAGCCGCUGAAAAUUCUCUGGAAGAACUACGAGAAGAAGGGCGCCGGAGCGAAGAUGAAGUUGUCCGUGUGCACCUCCGGCAUGGAGGGAGUGACGAAGGAGCAGGGAGUCACUCACUACUGGUCGCAUCGCAUUACCUACUGCAUCACGCAUCCGCGCUUUCCGCGCCUCUUCUGCUGGAUCUACCGACACGAGGGCAAGAAGAUGAAGGUGGAGCUUCGAUGCCACGCCGUUCUCUGCAAGAAGGAAGCCAUCGCCAAAGCUCUCACCGUGCAGCUACACGAGGCGACGACCGCCGCGCUGAAGGAAUUCAUGCUCGAGAAAUUGCGCCGACAGAACUACCGGCUGCUGCUGAAUUCAAAGGUGGGUUUUGUCGCCACCGUGCCGCGACGAAAGCAGAUUCUGAGCGCGGCGAAAAACUUCAAGCCUCCGAUCGAGAAGUCGCGCAGCGCUCCGCGACUGAAGAGCAUCGACGAGACGCCGCUAGAAGAGGACGAGCAUUGUCUGGAGAACGGUAGCACCACCUUCCAGCAGCUCAACCACCGCCUCGCCCACAUGCGUCUACAGGAGGCGCUGCUAGAGGAAGCCGAAGAAGGCGACGACGAUGACGAUGACGUAUUUUUGGACGCUGUCUUGGGCAAUGGUAGUCUGCCUUCAGCGGCGAUAGAGAGACAGACAUUGCCAGCGGUAGAGGCAGAAAAAUUGCCAGUGAUAGAGAGACAGACAUUGCCAGCAGUAAAGGCAGAAAAAUUGCCAGCAGUAGAGGGACAGCUAUUGCCAGCGGUAGAGGAAAACAAAUUGCCAGCGGUAGAGGGACAUCUAUUGCCAGUGGUAGAGGCAGAAAAAUUGCCAGCGGUAGAGGGACAGCUAUUGCUAGCGGUAGAGGCAGAAAAAUUACUUGCGGUAGACGGACAUCUAUUGCCAGCGGUAGAGGGACAUCCAUUGCCAGCAGUAGAGGGACAUCCAUUGCCAGCAGUAGAGGGACAGCUAUUGCCAGCGGUAGAGGCAGAACAUUUGCCAGUGGUAGAGAGACAGACAUUGCCAGCAGUAGAGGCAGAAAAAUUGCUAGCGGUAGAGGGAUAUCUACUGCCAGCGGUAGAGGGACAGCAAUUGCCAGAGGUAGAAGGCGACCUAUCAGCGACGGUAGAGGGCGACCUAUCAGCGACAGGAGAAGAGAGUGCCGACGUCAGCUCUCCGGCGGUCGACGCCAGCGACGUGGACACGUGUAGAGACAGCGGCACGGGUAGCUCGACGGAAACCGACGUGGCAGAACUAUUGGCAGAGAGCCAAAUCGCCGACGAGGAAUGCUUCACGCGCGUAGACCCUCGCCCCGUGCCUCCGCCACGCCGCAGGCGGAAGCCCAUCACGCGACAUCUGAGUCUGGAGAAGUACGUGACGGAGGAGCAGCAACGCCGCGACGUCGACACCGUCAGCCUCACCGGAAGUCUGGGCAGCGCCGACGUCGUCAUGGAGUGCGGAAAUGACAUCGACUCUUUCAAGGAGGACGAGAGCGUGAAGUGUUUGCUCCUGGGAGAAUCGUCGUCGUCGCCGGAGCCGGGCGACGACGACGACGACGAUGACGACAACAUCAGCGACGAGAGUGGGUAUUCCGAGGGUGACUGGCGGCCGGACGCGAACGGCACGGUAAUACGCAUCUGUCCGCCGGACAAGGUGCUACACAUUAAGUUAAAUGGUGUCAGUAGCAGUUGCUGCACUGGCGACAACCAGGUUAAUCCAAAAUCAGAUGAAAUUAGGUCAAUAUCAACUACAAAGCUUCCAUCGACGAAGCAAAAGAAUCGAGAUUCAAAAGUUCCAGCGAUGGAACAAAAUAAUAGAGAUUUAAAGGUUCCAUCGAUGGAACAAAAUAAUAGAGAUUUAAAGGUUCCAUUGAUGGAGCAAAAUAAUAGCUAUUCAGACGAUAAAGCGGGUCCCUACCCUUGUGUAAUAUGGUUCUAACACUUCCGUGCAAUGUGGUUGCGAACUUGUUGCGAAUUUCGUGCCAGAUAUUGUCAAAAAUUAUAACGUCAUCGGUGCAGCUGACUGUCAUCCUGCUUCAUUACCAUACUUACAAGUCUGUACAUUAAUGUAAAACUACAUUUAAGGUUUCCAAUUUACGUUUUUGUCUAAAGCAAUGGGUCAGCUGUGUUACAACCGCGCAUAACUGUGCUGUAAAACCUCUCUGUGCUGUAAACCUCUACGCCCAUCUAUAUAGUUUUAUAUACGCGCGUGACACACGCAAGAGUUUUACACUAGUGCGUGCGUGGUCGUGUGCUCGUAGAUUCGUGGCUCUCCUCGUGCGGGGACCUUGAGUCUCGCAGUCGAACCGUCAAUCUUUCUAUUGCGCGCCGUGACCAUAUAGAGUUUGCCAUAGCCCGAGGGUACGUCGCUCACAUACUGGCUACAAUUACCAACGACGUAGCCUUCGCGCUCGUUCUUUCCGUGUUUUUUUCUCUCUCGGCCAAGCGUGGCCCGUAAGUAGCCCUGGUUAAGCAAUACAAAACGGUGGGCGUUUAGUCGAGGUGCGGAUGUGGUUUGUGCGUGGCCGGUGAUAGCCAUCGCCUGCUGGUCAGCGUUUUCCACCACGGUCAACGCAAUGCCAUUUAUGGUGGACAAUGCGAAGCGCAACGGGAGGCGCUAAAAUCUUCGGGAAUAGUUGUUUACGACCGCCAAAUUUGCUCACUUCUCGCUCGGUCGCGUAAAUAUGUAGGCUCGCUAAAGGAGGGAGUGGUGAGGUGGGAGCAUUAGUGCGAGAAGUCUAUACGUUCUCGCUGAUAUCUGGACAAAUCUUGAGGUGCAUCAUAAUUCGGUGUCCGUGUAACAUUCUGGUGAACUCGCGGUGAACUCCUCUUCGCUUCGUACGAGUCAUCGAUGUGUUGUAAAGGACGCGCCAGCAGUAUCUUUCCCUCGCCCUCGGCCCUUCGCGUGCAUACUAAUUAUCUCUGUCUCUCACCAUGCCCGCACCUACGCUACACACUCCCAGUAGGUGCGUUCCAUCAUUGUCAGUUCCACGUGAUUCUCUCUCCCUCCCCGUGCGCGGCAAUUUGCCAUUGUGACGUAUUUGCGCCAUUGUGUCUAAUUAGAAGCGCAUUGUCUCUUCCUGGCAUGGCCGUAAUUCGUGUGUCUUCUGUCCUUCGCCGCCAGAGGUUUGCGGAAACUAGUAUACAUCAGAGCGGGCGCUGUACCAUCCGCGAGUUAUGUGUAUGAGUGUGCCACAGGCACUUGAAGCGUUUCAAUAAAAUAUAAUGCUAAAUAAAUACGAAAUCUAUUUA